GCACGAGCGGAAGUCCGUCCUGCCGUUUGGCCGCGGGGCGCCUGGCUCAGCGGCUUCUGCGGGCUGCGAGGAGCGGGAUGUUGCGGGCUGGGUGGCUCCGGGGCGCCGCGGCGCUGGCGCUGCUGCUGGCGGCCCGAGUGGUGGCAGCGUUCGAGCCCAUCACCGUGGGCCUAGCCAUCGGGGCCGCGUCGGCCAUCACCGGCUACCUGUCCUACAGUGACAUCUACUGCCGCUUCGCCGAGUGCUGCCGGGAGGAGCGGCCGCUCAACGCUUCGGCUCUCAAGCUGGAUUUGGAGGAGAAGCUGUUUGGACAGCAUCUAGCCACGGAAGUGAUUUUCAAGGCGCUGACUGGCUUCAGGAACAACAAAAAUCCCAAGAAACCACUGACCCUUUCCUUACACGGCUGGGCUGGCACAGGCAAGAAUUUUGUCAGUCAAAUUGUGGCUGAAAAUCUUCACCCAAAAGGUCUGAAGAGUAACUUUGUCCACCUGUUUGUAUCGACUCUGCACUUCCCUCAUGAGCAGAAGAUAAAACUGUACCAGGACCAGUUACAGAAGUGGAUCCGCGGUAAUGUGAGUGCAUGUGCGAACUCUGUUUUCAUAUUUGACGAGAUGGAUAAAUUGCACCCCGGGAUCAUUGACGCAAUCAAGCCGUUUCUAGACUACUACGAGCAGGUUGACGGAGUGUCUUACCGCAAAGCCAUCUUCAUCUUUCUCAGCAACGCAGGCGGGGACCUUAUAACUAAGACGGCUCUUGACUUUUGGCGGGCCGGAAGAAAGAGGGAAGACAUUCAGCUGAAGGACUUGGAACCUGUACUGUCUGUCGGAGUCUUCAAUAAUAAACACAGUGGCCUGUGGCACAGUGGACUGAUUGACAAAAACCUCAUUGAUUACUUUAUCCCCUUCCUGCCUUUGGAGUACAGACAUGUGAAAAUGUGUGUGAGGGCCGAGAUGAGGGCCCGUGGUUCUGCUAUAGAUGAAGACAUUGUCACAAGAGUGGCAGAGGAAAUGACGUUUUUCCCCAGAGACGAGAAAAUCUACUCAGACAAGGGAUGCAAGACUGUGCAGUCGCGGCUUGAUUUCCACUGACCUCCUAUCCAGAUGGGGUAGGAGACAGCUGGGAGGCUCCGCACACCAGAGGCCUUGCCUUUCAGAAGAACCCUGAAGACCGCUUUGGGGUUUUGCCUGUUUGCACCUUAGACUUUUGGGAUAUAGAAUCUUUUUUUUGAGACGAGGUCUCACUCCAUCAUCCAAGCUGGAGUGCAGUGGUGCAAUCCUCAACUCACUGCAACCUCUGCUCCAGGUUUGAGUGAUUCUCAUGCUUCAGCCUCCCAAGUAGCUGGGAUUACAGGCAUGAGCCACCGUGCCCAGCUGGGAUAUAGAAUCUAAGAGUUGACUGUGGAAAACACGUGAAUGUAUUGUGUGCAUUUGUCAUUUAGCAAGAUGACAGCAGUCCAGCUGUUCUUUGCAGCUGAAGAUGAACUUUUAAAAAUCCCCUUCACACUUAAUGCACUGACCACGACGGAAGUGCCUGAAGACAGCUGUGCGUGGCAGGCCCGGCCAUAGCUUCUGACCCACAGCACCCGCGCCUCAGAAGUUACUGUCACAACUAAAGGAGUCCAGGGACUUGCUGCAGGCUGGGGGGCACUGGGUGGUUCUCACCAGCAGGCUGGGGGGCACUGUGUUCUCAUUGGCCAAAAACAUCCUUUUGCUCUGUUUUGUUCUUUACACAGAGUUCACUGACUUGAAGUAUAUUCAGUUAAAAUCGGGGGUGGAGGUGCAGACGGCAUCUGACCGGAGAAUGUGGCCGGUGCCCGCUGAGCACUCUUGAUCUGAGCUGACCUGUCUGUGUGUGGGGUGGGGCCUUCACCUAAGACCUCUGCAGCAGACCUGGACAGACAGGUCCCUCCCGUCUGUCCAUUGCUCUGGCUGCUAAUACAGCCCUGGUUGUGGAAUCCUUCACUAUCUCAGCUGGUAUCAGCCCCAGCCUGCCUUGUGCCAUAUCUCAGCUUGGCUUUCUGCUAGAGUCCCCCCAACCAUAUAUCAUAGAGUUGAAUCACAAUGAGACCGUUGGCUUUGAAUUUGAGUCGUUGGUUCCCAUGGUGAGAUGCUUGUUAGGACUUUAUACUUGGGUCAAUCUCUCACUUUAUUUUGUAGAACCAUUUGAAAUCCUAGGAUGUGCUUGUUCUGGAAGGAUGACAUGGGCCCAGACUGAACAAGUCAGCUUGAUCUUAAAUGAUGGAAGUAUAGGACGUUGCUUAUUUUAAAACAAGGGAAGGACACAAAAUGGAAUGACUGCUUAGUCCUUUCUCAGAUACUCUUAAAACAAUUUUUUAUUGUUAAAUUUGUGGUAAUACAUGGUCACAACCGUGGAUCAAACAAGGUCAGUCUAAAGUGGCAGGUCCUAGGUGUGACCUGAUACCACCACCGUUUGUGGCAGCACCAGGCUGGACUGCCCUGAUCCCUGGGACGUGAGACUUAGCUUCCAGCCAGUGUGAAUCAUCGUGUCUGCCUCAUAACCGCAGCACAGCUGCAGACACAACGACCUGCAGCAUUUUUACAUAAAAAUAUGGUAGAGUUAAUUUAUGACAUGGAAAUGCCUUACGGGUAGCACACUUAGUCUUGAAAAAAACACCAAGGUGACGUUUAAAAUUUUUAGUACGUAUCCUCAAAUUGGAGCUAAGUUAUACUACCUUUAUAACCUUUUGGGCAUCUGGUCGAGAGGAGACAAGAUUUUCUCUGUUUACAGUGAUGCAAUAAAUAUGUGUUUGCCACCUUU